AUGGAGCGGCAGAUCCUGGGCUCCGACCCCGCCGUGCAGAUUCCCCUCUAUGAAGCUGCUCCUCCGUGCAUUUCUGCCUCCUGCCGUCCCCGUUUGCCACCGUCGCCCCCACCACCAGAGCUGCCCCUGUAUCUCCUGCUCGGCCUGUGCUGUGGGGGGGUGUCCAUCGCGCUCACCCGCUCAGCCCGCCUCGCCACACACGCCUUUGACCGCCUGCUGCUGCUCUCCCCGCUGCCCCCUGCACUGCUGCCGGCCCUGGGGGGACUGUCAGUGGGAGUGAUCUCCCUGGCCUACCCCGAAGUGCUCUACUGGGGCUUCCAGAACAUCAACGACCUCCUUGGAUCCAGACCGCUUGCCAGUGCGCCUCAGGUGGACUUUCUCCUGCAGCUAGUCGCCCUUAAAGUGCUUUCCACGGCCAUUUGCCGCGGGUCGGGCCUGGUGGGCGGCUUCUAUGCGCCGUCACUGUUCAUCGGGGCGGCACUGGGGCAGGCGUAUGGGCGGCUAGCGAGUAACGUGCUGCUAGCUGUGGACCCCGAGUACAACCUGCAGUGGAUCCAAGUGGCUGCCCCACAAGCGUAUGCCAUGAUCAGCAUUGCAUGUACCAGUAACGUGCUGGUGGCUGUCGACCCCGAGUACAACCUGCAGUGGAUCCAAGUAGCUGCCCCACAGGCCUACGCCAUGAUGGGUGAUGGGACGGAGGGUCUGUCCACUGCUGCAUAA